AUGUGGACGGCAAAGAUUUGGCUGAAGAAAGUGCACUCCAAGGUGAAGGAGAUGGCCAGUAAGCACCACCCCAACCUGGUGCGGCUGUUGGGCUUCUGUGUGCACUAUGAUUCCAGCACGGGCCAGAUUGAGCAAGUGCUCGUGUAUGAGUUCAUGGCCAACCGGGAAUUGGAGAGCUGGAUUGAACCAGGAGCUCCAAGUCAUCUCUCUCUGUUGCAACGACUGGAUGUUCUGAUUGGAGUGGCCAAGGGGUUGCAAUAUCUUCAUGACUUCGGCAUUGUGCAUCGCGACAUCAAGCCAGCCAACAUUCUGCUUGAUGCAAAAAUGCAUGCCAAGAUUGCAGACUUUGGUUUGGUAAAGCUCACUGGAGGCACCGCUAUGGGCACGUCUGUGGCUGCCACUCGAGUAAUGGGGACUCCGGGCUAUGUGGACCCUGCCUAUUACAAGUCCCACAAGGCCACUUCAGCAGCAGAUGUGUACAGCUUUGGUGUGGUGAUGCUGGUGGUCAUCUCGGCACGCAAGGCCGUGCAUAUGAGCGAGACCAGCCAGAUCAGUCUGAAGCAAUGGAUCACACCAUUCGUGGAGUCAGAUGCCGUUACAGUCUUCAAGGACCCCUACUUGGACGCACCAGAUGACUUGGUGCUGCGCUGGGCUCGCCUUGCCCUCUCCUGCACCACCAUGCCUGCGGCCUCCCGCCCCUCCAUGAAUCAAGUGCUGGGGGAGCUGGUGAAGUUGAAUCAGGAAGCUUCUGGAGCACAUGAGAGCCAUGUGGGCGAGGCCAAAUCUCGCAUGGACACGGAGCUUGGGAGUUCCAUUGGCUCCUCCAGCUUCACUGCUGAAAUGGCCCGUGCAGAGCGAGGGGUCAUGCCAAGUGGCUUUUCCACAUAA